CCCGCUCUUAUCCUACACACACUCCACCGCUUAAAAUGCGCACCCUCUUCCUCACUCUGAGGCCACCUCCAUCUCCGCCGUCCCUCUCUCCCUUCUCCUCCCCCAAACCCAACCACCACCGCCUCCACUUCCUCUCCCCAUGCUCCUCUCUCAAGCAGACCAACACCAAGACCACCCGCCUCCAGAAGACCACCGCCGCUCCGCCGCAGAGCCUCAAGUGGCUCUUCAGCAACCCCAAGAGCGACGACGGCGCCGAGAUUGAGAAAAGCGGCCGAGGCGGAGUUGGCGGCGGCGGUGAUGAUGAGGGCGAGGGUGAGUUCGCGCUUAAAGGUACAAUCUUGGCGGGGCUGUUGUUGGUUGGGUUGGUUGGGGGGUUUGGUGCGGCUGGGUAUGUGUAUAAGGAUCAGGUUAAUGCCUUCUUGAAUCAGUUUACGACUCUCAUUGAAGGUUAUGGUCCAGCAGGAUAUGCAUUGUUUAUAGCAGUUUAUGCAGGACUGGAAAUCCUAGCGAUUCCAGCCGUUCCAUUGACCAUGUCAGCUGGUCUUCUUUUUGGCACAGUUGUUGGCUCAAUUUUAGUCUCUAUAAGCGGAACGGUGGCCGCUAGCGUUGCUUUUCUGAUAGCUAGAUAUUUUGCUCGUGAACGUAUUCUUAAAAUGGUUGAGGGAAACAAGAAGUUUCUUGCAAUCGACAAGGCUAUCGGGGAAAAUGGCUUCAGAGUUGUCACUCUCCUCCGUUUGAGCCCUUUGCUUCCUUUUUCUCUGGGGAACUAUUUAUAUGGACUGACAUCUGUAAAGUUUGUCCCUUAUGUCUUGGGAAGUUGGUUGGGGAUGCUUCCAGGAACAUGGGCUUAUGUGAGUGCAGGUGCAUUUGGGCGAGCCAUAAUUCAAGAAGAAUCUGAUGUUGGAUUGCCAGGAGGAAAUGGUCAGCUGUUGACGCUAGCCGCUGGACUAUUAGUCACAGCAUUAGCUGCUGCUUAUGUAACACGAUUAGCAAAGGAUGCUGUAAAAGAUAUUGAUUAGGUGAUGGGUAUCACGCUACCCAUGAACUCCUACACUGUAAUUUGUAAUUUUGAAAAAGAGAAAGAAAAAAAUGACAGAUGCUUCACUGCCGUGUAAUUAAUUAACUUUGGCAAAUUGUAGAGGGAAAUGUUUUGAUCUGUAUUCUUGAAUUUUAUUAUUUUACAUGAUAAUACUUUCUACAUAAAGCUGAGUUAUAGUUCUAUCUUUAGUUCUUU